AUGAUGAACAAGCUUUGUUACGAAAAUUUGGAUAGGAGUUUGCGAGAUAUCAUGAGAUGUGACCAGAUUUUUGGAGGUAAAGUUGUUGUGGUAGGAGGUGAUUUUAGACAGAUUCUACAUGUUAUUACAGAAGGAGGAAGAGUAGCGACAGUUUUAGCAUCUAUCAACUCAUCUGUUCUUUGGAAUAGUUGUAAGCCUUGUGAGCAAGUCAUGAGACUUGCCGAGUUCUUGGGUUGUCCUUUUACUCAAGAAGAAAUACAUAGCAGAGCGGUUAAAGAGAUCUUGGAGUUGUGCUCUCUUCACAAUCUGAGCAAUUUGGACAUCAACAAGACCGCAAAAGCGUGGGAUAACUUGGAUCACAAUGUCUACUUCCGCAAAGGUGAAGUUGAUGGCUGGAAGAAUCAUUUCACUAGUGAAAUGGAGAACAUAAUCGACAUGAUCAUCAACGAGAAGUUUCAAGGUUCGGGUUUGAAAAUUUGA